AUGGAUUUGGAAAAAGUGGAAAAGUUGAAAUCGAUGGCAAAUGAGUGGUCCCUUGAAAAAGACAACGAGCUUUGCAAAAUUCUUGAAGAAUUGCAUUGUUCGAUGAAAUCAAAUAUGGAAUGUAUUAAAAAUGAGCUCAAUCAAAGCAAAAAAUCAGUAUCUUGUGUAUCAGUUCGCCUUGCUAAUCUUAAUAAUCGUCUAACCUCGCUUUCUUCAAAUCAGUUCAUUGAAAAUCGAGUUCUUGAUGACGAUUAUGUCGAUGAUACAUGGAUUUCAAAGCAUAAAGAGAAAGAUGAAACCAUUAAGGUGCCAGAAAAUGAGAAACAUGAAGAGAUGGUAAAAAUUAUACAUGAAGCUGUUGUUGCUGGUAUUGAUUUAAUCAAUAAACGGUUCAAAAAAAUCGAAAUGAAGCCAGAAGAUUUCGAUGAAGAUGACGAUCCAACGUUUUUGCCCGAUGCUGUCUUUGAACCUUAUGAUCCACAUCUUAAUCGACCAUUACCGUUCAUAAUAGGAAGCGAUGAAUGGAAGAAAUCUCCUACUGCUGGUUUGAAAGAUAUGCCUGCUAGUACGAAGUCCGAGGACGAUGUUGUGGUAAUAGGAUUGCCAACUUUUGUACAGCCUCGACUUAAUGAUGCCAUCUGUGAAACAUUUGCGAGCAGCACGACUGAAGAUAUCACUAGAGAUAAAACCAAUAAAGCAGAUACCAAUGUUUCACGCAGUGUUAGUUCUCUACAGUCAGAUCCCAGUGGACUUUUUUUGAAUGGUAGUCCUGAUCGCCAUAGCGUUAUCAGUGAUGAUCUUUCAUUUAAAGAAUCUGAAGAAACGAAGAUUAUUGGUGACAAGAAGAACGAAAAUGUUCAGGAAAUAGCGAAUAGUAAAUUAAAAAAUAGUUUAGAACGGAUAAAUGACCCACCACAUUCACUUAUUUCUUCCAAUAUGUUUACAUCAAAUCCGAAACAAAAUUCUUUGAUGAAUGAGGUUAUUUCAGCCGUGAAAAAUCGCUCAUCUCAGGCUAAAAAAGUCCACCACACGACCAAAAAUAUCUUCACUGAUUCUGAUUCCGCUGAAUCUGAUUCGGAUUCUGAUCUUUUUAUAACAAAACCAGUAAAAGAUCAAAAUAUACCUAAAGUGAAAUCGAUUUUCGAGGGAGAACAUACAACAUCUGGUAUUCCUUAUACCGUGGGGCCACUUCCAACAAAAGAAAAACAAGAAAGUAAAUAUCAACUACCGUAUAAUGAUUCGAAAGAAGAGGAUAAUGGCCCUAAUAUUCCGAAUGAUAUAUUAUGCGAGAAUUCCAGCAAGAUUCGUGGUCCAGAUGCUGAGGUUCAGUGCCAGCAGGUUUUGGAAGCGAGAAUUCAUAGUGUUCAGAGCAAAGUUUCUCAAGAUUUUGCUCACAAAUUAUCUAACAUUAUUGCUGCUACGAAGAGUCCUUCACCUUUAUCUUCUAAAAAAUUUCUGCAUGAAUCCGAACCUGUUCCUGAAACAAUUCCUUCUAUAGUCAAGACUCGAUCAAAGGGUCCUGCACGUCGCGCUCCUACAAGAUCCAUAUUUGGUUCAAAUGAAAAUCCAUUUGAUACUGUCAAGAAUUCAAAUAUUUUGUCCUCACCAACUCAACAAGCUGCGUCAAUACAGGAAACUAUAGAAGAGCGGACUUCCAUUGUUGGAGAUAAGAAUACGAAUAGCGAAGAAUCAAUUUCUUCAAAAAACAAAGAUGAAGAUCUUCAUAAACGCGAUUCUUUUUUUGCUUCUCAAAAACAAAUUUCACUGUUUUCUUCGGAUUCGGAUGAUGACAUUUUCGCCAGUACUUCUAAAAAAUCUUAUGGAGAUGAUAAAAUCCCGAAGAUAAAAGAAGCUUCGAAUCGUGAGUUGAACUUUGAAAAGCCUGUAUCAAUGACUACUUCUGCUUCACAAGGAAAGAAAAAAGAAAAAAAAUCGCUCUUUAGUUCUGAUGAGGAUGAAGAUCUUGAUGAUGACAACGUGUCACCUAUAAAAUCGCAACAUUCAGAUUAUUUAUCUAUUAAUGGUACUAUUGCGAAUAGAGAUAACAAAGUUCCAGUUUCUAAAUCGACAUUUUCAGAUGUUAUAGCCGUUACAAAAGAUCAAAAAAUCUCGGCAAUCAAAAACAAUGAUAGAGUAAUGAAAGCUUCGAAUAUUUUCGACGAUAACGAUUCAGAUUUAGAUUUAUUUAAGUAA